AUGUCCAGAAUCACACAGUGCUCAACAAUUUUCCAGUGCAAAGUGGAUGAAGAGUUGGCAAAGUGGAAUCUCAAUCAAGUUCCAGAAAGACGUUUUCUUGAGCAGUUUCUUCUGCCUUUCAUUGAGCUUGUCUUUAACGUCUGUAAUGAUGCUGUUGAAAGCAUUAACGUUGCACCGAAACUGGAUAUAGUCCGGAAAAUAGAAAUAUUUGAUGCUCUUCAUCUUUUAAAAGGAGCAAUCCAAAACGCAAAACAUCAAACAUAA